AAGACACAAUACGGCGCGUUUUGGAGUUCCCUCUGAGGCUUUGGCAGUUGCUACUUGCUUAGAAAACUACAAUAAGCGAGCAGAGUAGCGCGCCACCAUCACAAAACCACAGCAGCCGCCGCCGCUACUUACCAGUCAUUCAUUCUACAAUAAGAAGAUUAACAGCUGCCUCCCCCUCUCUUCCUCUGCUCUAUUCAAUGGGUGAGCAUCACUACAACCAAGGAAAAGGAAAGAACAAGAAACAGCAGCAACAUAACAAAGGGCAUGGACACACGCAACAUUCCAUGAAAGACACUAAGACCUUCAACCGCCAUGGCUCUACCGCUCCUCAACCAUCCCGUAUCAGGAAACAGGUUGAUCCUGAAAUAUCCAAAUACUUGUUAGAAAUCGCUAACCUUUUCGAAAGUAAUGCGGUUGAGUUGGAGGAACGCACUCUCAUAUGUGGGAACGCUCUCGAAGAGACUAAGGGAUUCGAAUUUGAGGUCGCAACUGAUUACAUUCUAAGCCACACUUUGGAAACCAUCAUUCAGGGAUCUGAUGUUGAACACCUCUGUGCUUUCCUUCAAAGGUGUGCCGAUAACUUCCCUGCUAUUGCCAUGGAUAGGUCCGGUUCUCAUGUAGCUGAGGCAAUCCUCAAGUAUUUAUCAACUCGUGUUCAAGACAAGGAUGCUCGCCCUCAGCUCGAGGAGGCUUUAACCACAGUAUGCAAGGUCAUGGCAGCUAGUUCUGUUGAGGUGAUGCGUAAUUGCUAUGGUUCUCAUGUGCUUCGCACUCUACUUUGCCUUUGCAAGGGAGUACCACUAGAUAAGUCUGAAUAUUACUUUUCAAAAGCGGCAACUGUACUGGCAGGGCGGUUGAAUUUGAAUGUUUCGAAGAAACACGAUGCAACAAAAUUUCAGUCUGGAUUUCCAAAUUUGCUCAAGUUAUUUGUGUCGGAGAUGUUAAAAAAUGCUGGGAAAAGCAUCAAGACCCUACAAGUUGACCCAUUCAGCAGUUUUGUUUUUCAGACGACUCUACGGGUUCUGGCAGGCAAUGAUGAAGAGUUGUUACAUGUGAUUCCCAUCCUUCUUGGCUGCAAAGAUAAGAGAAAUCCAGAGGGCAGUUUUUUAGAAGAUACAGUAGUUGCAGAGCUCAUAAAGUUGUCAAAAGAAGCUGAAUUUAGCCAUCUAAUGGAGGUUGUUUUGGAAGUAUCUCCUGAGGCCUUGUUCAAUGAAUUGUUUACAAAAGUAUUCAGGAAUUCAUUGUUUGAGUUAUCAUCUCAUCAACACGGGAACUUUGUUGUACAAGCAUUGAUUUCCCAUACAAGCAAUCAAGAUCUGAUGAGGCUGAUCUGGGAUGAACUUGGAUCAAAUAUGGAGGAUCUUUUCAAAAUGGGAAGGUCAGGAGUUGUUGCUGCACUUAUUGCUGCCAGUGAGAGGCUUCAUUUUAAUGAACACAAGUGCUGUCAAUUCCUUGCCAAAACAGUAUGCUCAGCGGAUGAGUCUCCAAAAUGUAUUGUUCCACGGCUACUAUUUCUUGAUAGCUAUUUCUCUUAUGAAGACAAGUCCAAUUGGAGCUGGCAAAGUGGAGAUAAAAUGCAUGUCAUGGGUUCUCUGAUUCUGCAGGCAAUAUUCCGGUUUAAAAGUGAAUAUAUUAAACCUUAUAUCAUCAGUAUAACAUCCAUGGAAACACCUCAUGUUCUUGAGGCAGUGAGAGAUGCAAAGGGAUCACACGUUAUUGAGGCCUUUCUAAGCUCAAGUGCUUCUGAAAAAGAGAAAUGCAGAUUAGUUAAAAAACUAGAAAGCCAUUUUGGAAAGGUAGCAGCUCACUCAUCGGGUGCUUUCGUGAUUGAAAAGUGCUUCACUGCCUGUAAUCUGUCACUAAGAGAGUCUAUAGUUUCUGAGUUAUUGGCUGUGCGGAGUGAGCUCUCGAAGACGAAGCAGGGCUCUCCGAACCAAGAAUUUAUCUCCCCCCCAUCUUGCCACACACAAAAAAAGAGAAAAAGACAGUUGCUUUGUUUCUCCAGGUUUGCUUCCCAUCCUGAUCGUUGGAGGUCAAAACAAGCUUCCAAAGAAUUUGCUUAUAAAGAUUUUUCCUCUACAUUUGGCUCCAGUGAUACAAAGCCAAGGAGAAAAGAUCGGUUUCUUGCCGGAAGUUCAAACAAUAAAUCAAAUCCAAAAACAGUGACAGAAUUGAGGAAAGAGAUUAACCAAUCCCUAGGUACUGCUGCACCAUUUCUGAGCAAGCAGAAGUUCAAGAGAAAAUCAGAGCAGAAAGGCAAGAACAUUGCCAAAGUUGGUGAUGACAAUAAUAACUUUAGAAGGGGAAAGAAAAUGUCCAACAAGAAAAAGGUUGGGAAUAAGAAUGAUGAUACUGCAGCUAUGGCAACAGCUAGAAAGUCUAACAAGAAACGGCAAAGAGAUGGUGAUGUACGUGAAGCUUCUCUCAAGAAAAUGAAGGCAUAACAUUGAUUAGAGUGGAGGAUGACUUUUUUAUUUUUGUUAGAAAAUGAAGGCAUAUCAUUUGAUGUAUGAUAGAUUUGGAUGACUUUCUCUUUGCUUACGAUUUUGUAUCAUUUAUAAUAUCAGCUAGACUUUGUAACUGAAAAGAGCAAUCGCGUUGUGUGUCAAAAGGUAAUUAUUGCAAAAAUAUAAAAUUCUUUUCCCCAAAUCUUCUCUUUCCCAUGUCCUCCUUGACUCCA